CCAGCAGAGACUGACAGAAGCGGUCUAAGCUGUGAGCGCUCAUCACUCCUCUCCUCCUCUCUCCUCCGCCGGCGCGUCUUUUCGGCUGCAGUUGACAUAAAAACUUUGAAGAGGUGAGAAGCGAACAUCGAGACAUGAUCGCCACUGACAGCGCGCACCAACACAGAUAAAGCGGUGGCAGGAAAAGAGCAAACCAAGUCCGAGUAAAGCAGCGGCGCCGGGAGAAAGAGGGAGCUAUGCCAUCUCCCGCCGAGCAGAGCCCAGUCCUCCUGUGUUGUGCGUCGGAGCUGCAGCAUGGUGUCUCUCUCUGGACUCUGGACCUACUGCCUCGCCCCCGGGAGACCUCAUCUCCUCCUCCUCUGUGCCAGACCGCUUCUGCUGCUGCUCCUCUUCUUCGCCGUCUCCUCCACCCCCGAGUCCUGCUUCCCGCACCCGCUGCCCUGCCACAUCCUCGCCCGGAUAGGACACACCGUGCGCCUCGGUGCGCUCUUGCCGUCCCGGCAGCCGGUACGGAUACAAAACGCGCUCAACCGCGCCCUGGCGAGCCUCCGGCACCAGACCGGAGGUGCGGACUCGUCCACGACUACUCCCCAAACACCCCCGCUGCUCCCCUACAACCUGAGCCUGGAGAUGGUGGCUCGGUCGCCCGCGGGAGGAGACCCGGAGUCGUUGUCCCGUAGCGCAUGCCACGAUUUGGUGGUUAGGGGGGUGUCCGCUGUGCUCGCCUUUCCCCGCUCCAGGGAGGAGCUGAUCCAGGUGGAGUUCCUCUCCUCUUUUCUGGAGAUCCCCUUCAUCUCCAUCCUGGAGGACACAGAGCCCCUUGUGACCAAGAACCAAUUCCACCUGCAGAUGUCAGCCCGUGUGCCUCCAUCCACCCUGGGCAGCCUGCUGCUGGCCGUCCUGCAGGGAGGACAAGAGGACAGAGACCGAGGGAGCCAGAGGGAAGGGAGCUGGGGAGGAGCAGCUGUGAUGUGUCCUGGGUGGGAGGAAGGAGGUGACGGGUUGCUGUCGCACCUGCAGAGACACAAUGGUUCUACGUGGCAUUUGUGGGACAUCAUCAACCUGACACACAUCACGGGGGGCGGGGAAAGAAGGGGGGAGGCCAGCGAGGAGAGGAGGGAGGAUCAGAUGGAGGAGGAGGCAUUGAAGAUUCUCUCCACUCGUUUCCUGCGCUCCCCCUCUCCCAUCUCCACCGUUCUCCUCCUGGGCUCUGACCCCGAGUGCCUCUCCUCUGUCCUGCGGGUCGCUCAGCGCCUCAAUCCAUCACUUCCAGCGCUGCAGUGGAUCAUGGGAUACCCCCUGUCUCCAGAUUCGCUGCACACUCUGGGAGGCCCCCUUGGACUGCUAGCCUAUGGGGAGGUUGGCCGCAAGCCAAUCAGUUUCUACAUUCGGGAUGCUUUGCAGCUGAUUGGCCGAGCAGUCACUGCGGCAACCAUGGUGAGGCCGGACUUGGCGCUGGUCCAGAAUACGGUGAACUGUUAUGACAAGCCAAGCGUCCACGAGCUGCCGUCCUCAGGACAGUAUCUUGCCAGAUUUCUCUCCAACACUUCGUUCACUGGAGCCACAGGCCUGAUCCAGGUGGACUCCGGUCUCUCUCGGAUCCUCUCCUCCCAGCUGUUCCACGUGUGGAGUCUGAAGAGGGGAGCUUUGGGCCAGCCGGCGUGGGUCACCGUGGGCCAGUGGACUCGGGGCCGACUGGAGCUAGAGGGAGGGAUCCUGGGGCUGGUGGGAGGAUUCGGGAGCAGCCAAGGGCAAGGUCUUGGGGCAGGCGUGAGAGGAGGCGAUGGCCAGGGCGACAGUAACGCCGGAGGACGCUGGAGACCGGGACUGUCCGUCGAGGGACACCGCCUGCGCGUGGUAACGCUGGUGGAACACCCGUUUGUUUUCACGCGCGAGGUGGACGAGGAUGGACUGUGUCCAGCUGGUCAGCUCUGUCUGGACCCCAGAACCAACCGGUCUGACGUCAUCAACAGCCUCUUCAACCAGCUGCACAACCCGAACGCUACAACUGCAGACUGGGAGGGCAUCGACCUGCCGGAGGACCUCAGGAAGUGUUGCUAUGGCUACUGCAUCGACUUGUUGGAAAAGCUGGCCGAAGACAUGGGCUUCACCUUCGACCUCUACAUUGUUGGGGACGGGAAGUACGGCGCGUUCAGCGGGACCGGGCGCUGGACGGGGCUGGUCGGGGACCUGCAGAGCGGAGCGGCUGACAUGGCGGUCACGUCGUUUUCCAUCAAUUCGGCCAGGAGUAGAGUCAUCGAUUUCACCUCGCCCUUCUACUCCACCAGCCUGGGCAUCCUGGUUCGUAGCCGGGAUACUGCGGCUCCCAUCGGCGCCUUCAUGUGGCCUCUCCACUGGUCCAUGUGGGUGGGCAUCUUUGUCACGCUGCACCUCACCGCGCUCUUCCUCACGCUGUACGAGUGGAACAGCCCCUUUGGCAUGACGCCGCACGGCAGGAACCGGCUCCGCGUGUUCUCCUACUCCUCUGCCCUCAACCUCUGCUAUGCCAUACUCUUUGGACGCACCGUUGCCACCAAGACUCCGAAAUGUUGGACCGGCCGCUUCCUGAUGAACCUCUGGGCCAUCUUCUGCCUGCUGGUGCUGUCCAGUUACACCGCCAACCUCGCUGCUGUCAUGGUUGGGGAGAAGACCUUUGAGCAGGUCUCAGGGAUCCACGACGAGAAGCUACACCACCCUUCCCUGGGCUUUCGUUUUGGCACGGUGAGGGAGAGCAGCGCUGAAGAUUACAUGAAGAAGAGUUUCCCGGAGAUGCACGACUACAUGCGGCGCUUCAACCAGCCCACCACCCCAGAUGGGGUACAUAUGUUAAAGACAGAUCCUCCUACCCUGGAUGCAUUCAUCAUGGACAAAGCACUGCUGGACUUUGAGGUCUCCAUUGACGCAGAGUGCAAGCUGCUCACUGUGGGGAAGCCGUUUGCCAUUGAAGGCUAUGGGAUCGGCCUGCCUCAGGGCUCUCCUCUAACCCGCAAUAUGUCAGAGUUCGUGAGUCGCUACAAGUCUGACGGUUUCAUGGACAUGCUGCAUGACAAAUGGUAUAAGGUUGUGCCCUGCGGGAAGCGAGUCUUUGCCGUCACUGAGACUCUGCAGAUGGGGAUCCAGCAUUUUUCAGGCCUCUUUGUGCUGCUGUGUAUGGGGGUGGGUGGAGCCUUGCUGACCUUGGCGGGUGAACACACCUUCUAUCACCUGGUGCUGCCUCGCCUUCGCCGCACGCACACGCUGCGGUACUGGCUUCACACCAGCCAGAAAAUUCACAGAGCCCUCCACACCACGUAUGAGGACGUGGGCAAGGAGCUGACCGGCCUCGACCAAAACCCUUCCUCUUGUAUCUCGGAAAACUGCACCCUACACAGGAAACAGCAUCAGCCUCCUCCCUCGUCACCUUCCACAUCCCUCCCUGCUUCCUCAACAGCUGGAGGCACCAACAAUUCCUCACCAUCCCAUGAGCCGAAGGAGAAACGUGUGCACUUUGACCUCGACACCCUGCACAGCUACCGCCUGCGCACGCACACGGCGUCAGUGCGCGGCAGGCCUGGGAUGGUCGGCCGUCCCGGUCUUGGUUUGGGAGGACUGGGGCUGGGCAGCCUUGGAAGUUUUGGCUCCCCACCACAGAUUAGCCUCCAUGUCAAUGGGGGCCCUGUCUCAGCACUGGCUUCCACAGGCUUGGUGCUUUCUCCCGUGGGGAACAGAGCUGCGCAGACCAGCCUGUGGGAGGGCGAGCUCCAGGAGCUCCAGGGGAAGAUCGAGAUAUUCCGCACCCAGCUGAGAGAGGCUCUGGCCAGGAGAGCGGAGAUCCAGAGCAGCCUGGAGCGAGAGAGGAGCGGGUUUGUACGCAGGGACACCAGUCUGGAGAGGGAAAAGGACAGACAGAGGAUACAAACUAUUAACACAGACAGAAGUAGCACCACCACCACGCAGCCAAUGCUCCCUGAGAGAGACAGGACCAGCCAACUGCAAACCCUGAACAAUCAACAGACAGGAAGGGUUAACCAAUCAGGUGGGCCGGGGACUCUGGAGCGUUUGAGCCGCCAGUUGAACACAGUCAACAGUUUGGACAGAGGGAGACCGACUCACCAGGUGCACUCUGCGAAUACUUUGCUAGGAGAAAGGACUGUGCAGUCACGCACUUCCUCUAGUUUGGAGCGCAGGUCUAACCAAGGUGGCGCCGGAAACAUGACAUACGCGCAGUCGCGGAACACGUCGAGCCUGGACAGGCAGAAGGCUAACCAAUCACGCACCGUGAACACUUUGGAGAGGACAAAAGCCAACCAAUCAGGUGUAAGUAGUGGAACUUGAUUGUCACGUCUGCUGUGUGUGAAGACGGCAAAGGGACAGGUGCACUUGCAUAACCGCGGGAAGAUGGCUCUGUUGGAAUGAAUCGAGUGUUUGGGGAUGCUUGCAAAAAAAAAAAGUGAUAACUGACGCCACUGGGGUUUGCUUGCUUUAAA